AUGGAUUCUCGUUCACUACCUCCUGAUAUCAACAUAGUACCUGAGCAUUGUCCAGAAGCUGUAAGAGAAUGGUACCGCUUAACAGGACUACAUGAUCCUAAAGAAAGUGCUGGUAGAAAGGAUUUGACUUUGAAAGCAAAACAACAUCUUCUUUCUUUGGGUUGGAAGUUAUGGUACAUUGACAAAAAUGGUAAGCGGGAAUUGCGUUAUACUUCUCCUAACAAUGGGAAAAACCAUAUUACUCUUAAAAAAGCCUGCAAGAGUUGCAUUGAAGAAGGAGGGUGUUCCCUCAAACACCCUUCAACUCCAGCACCAGUAACAGCAGCAACAAUAAUUUCUUUGUCUCCAUCACAGUCGAAAAAGCGUCCUAGAGAAUCCGAGGAAGCUGGAGCUAGAGCAUUUUCUUUUUCUCAACUACAGCCGACGGAGCGACAGAGAAAAUCUGAGGAAACAGCAGCAACAUCAAUUUAUUCGUCCUGUUUACUUUCUGAAGAGCAACCGAGAGAAUCCGAGGAAGAAGUGACAACAACAUCAAUAUAUUGGUCUCCAUUACAGUCGAAUGAGCAACUGAGAGAAUCCGUGGAAGCAGCAGCAACAACAACAAUUUCUUUGUCUCCAUUACAGUCGAAAGAGCGACUGAGAGAAUCUGAGGAAGCAGCAGCAAUAUCAAUAUAUUCAUCUCCAUUACAGCUGAAAGUGCAACCGAAGGAAUCCGAGGUAUCAGUAGCAAGAGGAUUUUCUUUGUCUCCAUUUCAGUCGAUUGAGCGACUGAGAGCAUCUGAUGAAGCAGCAGCAACAACAAUUUCUUCGUCUCCAUUACAGUUGAAAGAGCAACCGAGAGAAUCUGAGGAAGCAUUAGUAAGAGCAUUUUACUUGUCUCCAUUACAGUCGAAAGAGCGACUGCGAGAAUGCGAGGAAGCAGCAGCAACAUUAAUUUAUUCGUUUCCAUUACAGAUAAAAGAGCAAUGGAGAGAAUCUGAUGAAGCAGCAUCAAAAACAAUUUCUCUGUCUCCAUUACAGCCGAAAAAGCAACCAAAUGAAUCCGAGGAAGCAGCAGCAAUAGCAAUGUCUUUGAAAUCCUUUGAAUUUACUUCUAAUGAGGAUUCUGAAGCCUCUAGUUUCAUUUCUGUUAAAAAAGCCACGGUUACUACAUUAUCAACAUCAACGGAAAAUGAGAAGCAUGUGAUUCAAUCUAAACCAGAAGUUACUAAUUCGGUGGGUAGUGGUAAAAGAGGGAAGGUAUUAAAGAGAGAAGGUAUAAGGGAAAGGUAUUCACUUGUUUCUUGGUUGAUAAAGAAUAAAGUUUUGGUUUCAGGGACUAAUGUGCUCUGUCGUGGUAGUAACAAUGUUGUUACAAGCGGGAGUAUAUAUUGUGAUGGUAUUGUUUGUGAUUGUUGUAAUGUUAAUUUCACUCUCGCUGGAUUUAAGGAUCAUGCUGGUUGUACAAGACCUACAUCAUCCACUGGUAUCUUCUUGGAAGAUGGAAGGUCGUUGUUGGAAUGUCAAAGGGAAGCUAUGAGUUCACGUGAUCAAAAUGAUAAUCAUUGUAUUGCCGAAGCAAACUAUGAAGCAAAUAAUGAUACUGUUUGUUCUAUUUGUGGUUUUGGACGUGACAUAGUACUAUGUGAUCGAUGUCCUUCUGCAUUCCACCUCAGUUGUUUAGAUCUUGAUCGAGUUCCGGAUGGUGAUUGGUUCUGUCCAACUUGUUGUUGCAAAAUAUGUUGUCGACCUAAAUGUAAACAAGAAUGUACAGAUACCAAUGAUAACAAUAUUCUUGUUUGUGUUCAAUGUGAGCAGAAAUUUCACUUUGGGUGUGUAAAGGCAACAGGAUAUGAAUCUAGUCACAUGGAGAGUAAUGUUAAAAAGAAGAAUUGGUUUUGCAAUAUAGUUUGCGUGAACAGGUUCAUAUGUCUAAAGAAGCUAUUGUGGAAACCAAUUAAGGUUGCAGACAAUCUAACUUGGACACUGUUGAAGAAUGUGAAUAGUGAUGAUGAUGGCAGAGAUUUUUCUUCUGAUGAGUUUAGUCAAAAGAAGCGUAAGUUAAAUGUGGCUCUUCAUGUAUUGUAUGAGAGUUUUUAUCCAACUAUUGAUGCUUUAUCUGGAAGAGAGUUGAUUAGAGACAUUGUUUUUAGUAGAGACUCGGUACAUAAGCGCUUGAACUUUUGUGGUUUCUAUAAUGUGAUUUUGGAGAAAAUGGAGGAAGUGAUUUCGGUGGCUACUAUAAGGAUUUAUGGUCACAAGGUUGCUGAGAUAGUUUUCUUGGCCACCAAGAAAGAACAUCGAGGACAAGGAAUGUGUCGUUUGUUGAUGGAUGAACUUGAGAAACAAUUGACUCGCUUAGGAGUAGAAAGCAUGGUUUUGCAUUCAUCCGAGGAUGCUAUAGACACAUGGACAAAAUCUUUUGGUUUUGAGAGGAUGACAGGUAAAGACAAGCGUCAAUUUGUUGAUAUUACUUUCUUAGAAUUUCAGGACACUGUCAUGUGCCUUAAACCACUGAAGAAACCUAAAUGGCCUUACACUGCGUGGCUGUAG